AUGGCGGAAACUGCAAAUGAGACCAAUCGAGGAAUCCAGAAAUUACCCGAAAUCAGCGAAAGCAGACCAGAGUCCGAUAUUUCGGCAGCAAAAGAAACCCCAGAAGAUGUCCUGAAGGAUGAAAGAGAGAUUAAAUUGCCAGCCUGGGAAAGGCAUGGGGCCUGGGGUGCUACACGGCGCUUCUGGAGAACCGUACAACGAUACAUUUGGGAUGAUCCGGACAAGCCUAAAGCCGAAAAACUGUUUCUAUUCAAACUAGACUUCUUCCUCCUCACCUAUGGUUGUCUGGGAUACUUCUGCAAAAACCUUGACCAGGCCAACAUCAGCAAUGCUUAUGUUUCUGGCAUGAAGGAAGCCCUACAUAUGGGCGGCAGUCAACUUACCUAUAUGUCAAAUGUCUUCACUGCCGGCUAUGUUGUAAGUCAACUACCAGCGGUUAUCUUGGCGACAAAAAUUCGACCUUCACUUCUUGUUCCGACACUCGAGGUCCUCUGGUCGAUAUUCACAUUUUGCAGUGCAGCCGUCAAAUCAGUUCCACAGCUCUACGCAUUACGUUUUUUGAUUGGCUUGUGUGAAGGGGCCUUCUUCCCAGUUAUCAUAUAUGUCAUCGGAUCCUGGUAUACAAAGAAGGAAAGAGCAAAGCGCCUUGCUCUCUUUUACUGUACGGCGACCCUCGCCGGCAUGUUCAGUGGGUAUCUCCAAGCCGCUGCCUACAGAAACCUAGAUGGCAAGCUUGGCCACAGUGGCUGGCAGUGGCUGUUUAUUAUUUGCGGCAUCAUCAGCCUGCCAGUUGGAAUAUUGGGAUACUUCUUCAAUCCGGAUUUUCCAGAAAACACACGUGCGUUCUAUUUGUCCAAGUCUGAAGUAGAGUUUGCACGGCAAAGGCUGUUGCACGAGGGGUACAAGCCCCUUGGUGCGUCUGCCUGGGAUAGGACGAAGCUAUUUCGAAUUAUGGCUCAGUGGCAGUUUUGGGUGCUACCGCUGGGGUACUUCUUCGUUCAGGCUAGCUUUCCUGUUCAGCAACCGGCUUAUGCACUCUGGCUCAAGUCAGAGGGCUAUUCGAUUUACCAAAUCAACGUCUGGCCCACUGGACAAGCUGCAAUUGGCGUUAUUGUACAAGUUAUCGCGGGCAUGUUAUCGGACUCGAAGCUGCUACGCGGCAAUCGCUGGCAAGCCAUCUUCGUGAUGCAAGGUGGAACUUUUUUCGCUGCCAUUGUGCUUGCAAUAUGGAGCGUUCCUCGCAAUUUGAAGUUCGCGGCCUUUUAUCUCUCCUACUUUUCUGCUGGGGUGCCAGGUAUUUGGUAUGCUUGGUAUCCCGACCUCAUCCCUCAUGACCAUGAAAUGAGAGGUUUCUUGAUUGCCGCCUCAAAUAUGUGUGGAUACAUCAAUUCAAUCUGGUACUCCGACGCUGUCUGGAGAACAGCCGAGGGCCCAAGUUUCAGACCUGGAUGGAUCGCUGCUUCCAGUUUUGGAGUUGCAAUUGUGAUGACUACAUUGUUAGUAAAUUUUCUUGCAAUUCGGGAUGGAAAGAAUCGGGAUCGUGUACGAGAAGGUCGACUUGAUUUAGAGUCGCCUGGGAUAAUAUUACAGGAAGGAGAGAAGGGGAGUCUCACGUAA